GUCUCAAGAUCCCAAUUAACCAAACGAGAAAGAGAUUCCUUGGCCGUCCACCUGCCGGAAAGAGUUUUAGAGAGAGAUCGGAGGAAAGUAGGUUGUUAUGGGUAAGAGUAAUAAGAAGUGGAUGUUGUUCAAGAGGGUGUCAUGUAGAUGGAAGUUGUUGGGUUCUGCUUUCAAGUGGAGGAGGCUGAACCUCCAGCUUUCGUUCAUCGACAACUUGAUUUUCAGGAUCGCGUCGGUGCUAGAGGCCAUAGUGUUGGUCGCCACUCUCUGUUUCUUCUAUCUCUGUUGCGGCUGCCACUUUUGACAUCGUAUGUAUAUAUAAGAAUUCAGCAAUCUUCAUCUCCCCCCAUUUUCUCUGUUUUCUUUUUCUUUUUCUUUGUGGUCUCUUUUUUUUUUUUUUGAGGGGGGAAAUUUCUUCAUGAAUCUUGUGUGUGGGGCAGACUCAGAUCAAUGCAACUGGGCAGAAAGCUGCUUUCAUUGAUGCGUGAAAGAAACCGGACUUUUGGUGGUGUUUGAGUGAGGUUUUUUACUUCAAAAUUUUUUUGGAAGGAAAUGUUUGCCUUUUAGCAUACAAAGCAUUUAUUUAUUUAAAUAUUUUACAAGUUUGGAAAAAAUUUUGGUAUAAUGCCACCUCAUAUUAUACUUACAUAUUUUACAUGAAUCAAUUUCAAAAUUUUUA